CAUUCAUGAUUGCAAGUCGUAAAUACAAUCUGUCGACUAUAGUAAUGAUGCAGUUCGGGCGAUAUCGUAACGGAAAACUGUUGUUACUUGGCUUUUCGCUAUUUGUAUUGUUAUGUACAUAUGCAUACAGGAAACAUGCUAAAUCAACGACCGCAAAGUAUAAUGUGAUGGUAUGGUGGAGCCCAUAUGUAAAACAGCUAGAUUAUCACCGGAAAUGUGGAGAAAUAGAAUGUCGUUUUACAAGCGAUAGAAGAGUGCAAAUGGAUCCUUUCUUCUCGGGCUACCUUUUCCACGGGAGUAAAGUUUCCAUAUAUGACAUGCCAUCGAAUCGCAGAAUAGACCAAUAUUGGGGAUUGUACUACGAUACAUCUCCCAAGGAUGCACCGUUUCUUCUGCAUGCAUUGGAUAUAUUCAACUUCUCAUCAACGUUCAGCCGAUACAGUACGGUCCCGCUCACGCUGCAGUCAUUCACUACAUUAGAAGAGCUGAUCAACUAUAAAAAUAUGUACACAUUCGGACAAAAAUCCAAUUUUCAAAGGAAAAUGAAAAUGGCCCCUGUACUGUACAUACAGUCUCGCUGUGAUACGCUUACUGGGCGAGAAUUGUACGUCAAGGAAUUAAGCAAAUACAUAUUAAUAGAUUCCUACGGAGCAUGUUUGAAUAAUAAAACAUUGCCAAAUGGAAUAACAGACAAUUCAAUGAAUGUUACUGAUGUUCGUAACUUCUACGACUUUGCCUCCAAAUACAAGUUCAUUAUUGUUUACCAAGACAUGAUCUGUGAAGAUUAUAUAAUUGAUAAGUUUUGGAAAUCCUUAAGUCUGGGGAUUGUUCCUAUUUAUUUUGGGGCAACCAACAUACGACGCUAUCUACCAAACCCAAAUUCAGCCAUUUUGAUAGAAGAUUUUAGCAGCCCUCAAGAACUAGCGCAAUUUAUUUCUCAAGUAUCCAACAACGAAGAUGUUUACACAACUUUCUUGUACCACAAAACCAUGGACUUUUACCCAAUAUCCAAUCAGUUAUUGGUCAAUGCGAUCUUCAAGGAAGAUAUCAUGUAUUUGGAAAGCAGGAGAACUCGAUCAAUAGUUGAAUUCGAGUGCACCGCAUGCGUACAAAGUUAUCACCAGGAACAUCAUCAAUCUCAUCAGAAAGAGAUAUCAUGCGAACUCCCGUACUUUCCACCUGGAAAUUUCACUCUCAAGGCACUACCACGUGUUCAAGAAUUUAUCGAAAAAGCUCGGAUGGAAGCAGCUAUUGUGCACAAAAUGGCAGACGUGAGAGCAACGUAAUAAUUAGAGAUCUGUCGAUAUCCCUAAUAAGGCUAUUUUUUAUGAAUACGAUACAAAACAAAAGAUCAUAGUUUUUUCUCAGUUGGGGCGCAGUUGUAUGGAAAAACCCAAACUUCAUCCAAUCUAGUGAGAUCAAGAUUUUACUAAAUCGUAUGGGAAAACGUAUUUUUUUACAUUUUUGCUCUUAGCGGCUUCAAUUUAUCGCCAAUCACGUGACUUAAUACGUUAGCAUAUAGUCUGAAAGACUUUGCCGAAGAAGGUACGUACCUAGCUGGAAGGUCUACAAAAAAUGUUAUUACGCAUCGAAACUUGAUUGCUCAAACCAGAGUCUAUUAUAUAGAGUUGCGCAAAGAGGAUCUUCUUACUCUUAUUCUGAAUGAUGCUUUUGUUAUUAUGUUGAAAACUUUCAUUUUUGUUCAACCCUUCAAGUGACUUCACGGGAGUGAUCACUUCUAAAUCUUUUUAAUUCGAUAACCAAAGUCACCUACAGAGUGCAAACACGUGAGUUUCUUGUUGCAACUUUAUUGGGGGGUGUAUUGAAGUUUUUUGAAGCUGUUUUUUAGAACAAAUCUAAUACAUUUCAAUUCAUGAGUUUUAAUUCGCCAUAAUAAUCAUCAGGCGAUAACAAUACUUCCGCCUUACCAACAAUCAUUUGUUUACUUUGCUCGAUAGGUAGACGGUUUGACAGUUCAAUAGGUAGAUUUAGCUUCACUCUUUGCGUAACUCUAUAUAUAAUAGACUCUGGCUCAAACAUGUUCAAACUAGGGAUCCUAUAAUGAGAGAUAUGCAAAUACUUUUCAAAACGAUUUAGCAACGCUGUUACUUUUGUUAGCAAACGCUUCCAGCACUUGCCGCAGCGGAAAAUGUUGAAGCUUGUAUAUGACUUCGCAUUUGAUAACAAUUUGGAACAUGUUUGUCUAUCCACUAACAGUGUUUAAAUAGGCAUUGUCAAUAAAAUAAAAGUGCAACACUAGACUACUUCACUUCUAGUGCAACACUAGAUUACUUCUACUCGUGAAAGUAAAACAAAUUGUUUAUUCGAUAAAACUUUUCUUAAAAUCUAUCUCAAUACCUCUCAAUCUGCAACAAUAACAACGUUCAUUUGGCUCACGUUUUGACAGUUCUCAAUGCAAAAAAAUAUUGAUCUUAUUGAGAAAUUAUUGGUCCACGUAGUUCGGCAGUGCUGACAGAAUAAACGAUUUUUUGCAUAUGAUUAGAACAAUCAAUCUUAAAAACGUUAUAACUUUUUUCGUGAACGUUCCAGCAACAAACGUUCUUCAGCAAAGUUUUUCGUCAUCCUUUGGGUUAUAAUUUAAUGCAAUGUGCUACUUGGUUUACGAUGAACUGAAACCUCUAGAAGUAGUAAUGCAAAAAACACGUUUUCACAAUUUCAUUACAAACUUCAAACGCGAUGCGGAAAACGAGUUGUUUGGGAUCCACACUGGUUUCAAAAAAUCAUUGAUUUGAAAAAAUGACCAUGACACCCCACUCUAUGCAUACAGCCUUGAUUUAAGACGAAAAGUUUCAGAAUGGUAUCAAUUGAAGAACGUUGAAAGCAAAGUUCAGAAUGUAGAUUGCUUAAGUGAAUUCAUAGGUGAUAGGUAAUCAUAGGUGAUCAUUUGAAUGGAAGCAAAUGAAGCAUAUGUUUAUACCACCCCCCUGAAAUGAGAUGUAGUUCUUGAAGCCGUCUACCGAUUGGGUGGCGCUAGGGUUGCCUUUCCCAAUUUAAGCUCCGUUCAUACCGCCUCGAGAGCAUUGGCGAUUGGCACUUUGAUGUUUCAUGAAGAAGAAGAAGCAGAAAGAUGAUAAUCAAAAAUAGUCGCACAGGAAAACAUACAAAGAAAUUUUUGAAACACUUCUUUAAAAUUCUAGAAGCAAUAUAAUUAAAAACGGUAAGCAGUACGGGGUUAGUCUUGUUUUUUACUGCACAAUAAACACAAUAUUUCAAUUUCAAUUUUUAUUCUGUGAUAUCAUACUUAAUACACAGUAUAAGAAAAGUCCAACCCCGUACUGUUUACCGUUUUUAAUUAUAUUUCCUCUAGAAUUUCAAAGAAGAGUUUCAAAAAUAUCCUCGUAUGUUUUCCCGCGCGAAAUUUUUUGAAUAUCAUCUUUCUGCUUCUUCUUCUUCAUGCAACAUCAAAGCGCCAAUUAAUUACGUCGAAAAUCACGCAACAAUGCAAUACAUCUCGUUGAAUAUAUUUAAUUUAACAAUGCAACACAUGCCGCUUACGCCGAUUACGCAUCCGACUGUUCUGACUUCGUGUGUUUAUUGCUUAACCGGCAAUGUUUACAUCCAGCACCAUGUUUUUGGCUUCAGUCGAGUUGUUCGUGGAUGACAGCCGUUUCAUGGGGGUGGUUUAUACCAGAGACGAUGGUAUUAUAUAGAGACACGCGGUGUUAUGUGAGAGUUCUAUUUGUACACCACUGUCCGUCACUCUACGUAGCGUUCCUUACUGUUGCUGUACGUUUUUACGUAGACGAACCAUUAGAUCACGGAGUGGAAGCAUUAAGAUUACGGGCGCAUUAGAUUUAUUCUAGUGUGAAUAAAACACUGAAAUUGUGAGUAGGCUAUUCAAUGUUCAUUGUAAACUAUGUGAAAUUAAGAAAUAUAUUUCAGCUUUGAUCUACGUGUUUUCAAUUUGUUCUGCUUUAAGAGCAGUGCCCGUCGCUAUUGUUUCCAACACGCGGAGAGAAUAAAAGCAAUUCUGGCUUCACGGCCAGCAGUCAAAAAAAUUCUGUGCGAUCGGCAACAUAAAAAAUUGUGAGAACUUGAAGUGACUCUCAGUGUGAGCAGUUAUUUCGUUUGCUCCAACUACAUAUUUUCUCUUGUUUAGCACCAUUUCCUUAUAUUCAACAGUAAAUAUGAUUAAAUACCAUAUAUAAAUUUGCUAUGAGAACUCUGAAAACAUCUUCAUUCACUGAACUCUCGAUUGGUAAUGUUUGUUUACUUUGCUCGUUUGGUACCGCGUUUGACGGUUCGUUUGGUACUUUCGGCUUCACUGUUUGCGGGUCUCUAUCUAUAAACAACGUCUCUGGUUUAUACAGCGAUCCUUAUUUGGCUGUUUAAGACUACCUAAGGGUCAAUUUCUUCACCACCGCUGAACUCUUAAGCGGUGCUUACCCAUACGCUUAAAACUGGUUUAAGCACUAAGCGGAGGUAAAGAAAUCGGUCCUAAGUAAAGGAAUGAAAACUAUAUGAAAAAUAAGCCAUACACAGAUAGAAAAAUCCACUGAAAUUUACGCGAAAAAUCAUGCACGCAUAUAAAUGAAAGCGCAAUUCCACACGGGAUACAGCCUAAAUGUAUACAAUAUUUGACGUGAAUCGUCAAUAUUCCACACAAGUUGUAAGCAAUCUUGUUAGAAAGAGGACCAUUUCAGCGAAGAAUAGCGUAAAUUUCCGCAUGUCAAGUUUUAUGCGCUGUUUAUUUUUCAUUAUUUUUUCUGUGCAGGUAAAACAACAAGUUUAUUUAAAAAAACGGAACAAACAAAUGUAGGGUAAGACGGUAUAAUAUGCCCCUAAGGCAAAACCUAUAAUAACUUUUUUCUUUUCAACGGAAUUUAUGUAAACUUUGUGUUAUUUGGUACUCCAAAAAGUUUCAAAUGCUUUGCCUGUGUGUAGUUAUAUAAAAUAUCACAGAGAACACGUAAUAAAGCUUUUUUGAAAGUCGUGAAAA